CGCCUGGGCGGGCUGGGACAGAGCUUGGCGAAGCGCGGGGUUGCAGCGGCGGCGGCGGCGGCGGUGUCCUGCGCUUGGUGGCCGCCUUGGCAUCCCCAGGAAGAUCAAAAUGGAAGGCCUGUCUGAUAUUGCCUCUUUUUCAACUAAACUUCAAAACACUCUGAUCCACUAUCAUAGCAUUGAAGAAGAUAAGUGGCGAGUUGCCAAGAAAAUGAAAGAUGUAACAGUUUGGAGAAAACCCUCAGAAGAGUUUAGUGGGUAUCUCUACAAAGCCCAAGGUGUUAUGGAUGAUGUUGUCAAUAGUGUAAUAGACCACAUACGCCCAGGACCGUGGCGCUUGGAUUGGGACCGGUUAAUGACAUCACUGGAUAUUUUGGAGCACUUUGAAGAGAAUUGCUGUGUGAUGCGUUACACCACUGCUGGUCAACUGUUGAAUAUUAUUUCCCCAAGAGAGUUUGUUGAUUUCUCCUAUACUGUGGGCUAUCAAGAAGGACUUUUAUCCUGUGGAGUAAGUCUUGACUGGAGUGAAACGAGACCAGAAUUUGUUCGUGGCUAUAACCAUCCCUGUGGCUGGUUUUGUGUUCCACUUAAAGACAAUCCAAGCCAGAGUCUCUUAACAGGCUACAUUCAGACAGAUCUGCGUGGCAUGAUCCCUCAGUCUGCAGUAGAUACAGCAAUGGCAAGCACUUUAACCAACUUCUAUGGUGAUUUGCGAAAAGCCUUACGAAAGGCUUAAUGUGUUCAGCUCCUAGUGCUGAGGUUUGCUGAGCCUCUUCUUGCCCUCAGCUGCAUGACCUGCAAGCGUCAGCAGCCCCGUCUGCUGCACAGCCUGGAGAAACGCUGGAGGUGUUUUGGGUUCCAUAGUACAAUCUCAUUUUAUAUUAAAAGUAAGUAGCUGUGUAAAUAGGGCAUUUAAAUUUUCCUAAGCUUUUGUUUGCACCCUGUUUUGUUGUGGAAUUGUGUCUAGGAAUGGGGAGGGUGAAACUCCAAGAUUGAGACUCGGACCCUUUAGUGUGGUCUAUUCACAAAGUGAAGUAGCAGCUUGGGAGGAAGUCUUUGACUGCUUGGAAAUUACAAGGUGUGUAAGCACAAUACUACUCACAUUAUUUUGGAGCUUUUUGAACAUUUUGUAAAAAUUUUAUGGUUCUUAAUGUAAAUGUUGUGCUUUAUUCUUGUUAUGUUAUGUGAGUUUGCCAAUAGCUUGAACAAAAGGAAAAAUUCCUCCAUAGUCUGUAAAGAUCAAGUCCAUUGUUUGUUGACUUGUACUAUUUUAUGUAUUAGAAAGACCACAAGCAACAAGAGAGUAGUCAUUCUUGUAACCAUAGGCACAGUUCAAUACAGUUUAAAUUGGUAUCUAGGUAAUGUUCUACAAAGCCUAUAAAAACAUACCUGUGUCUUUAUGCGCCAUUUAUUCUGGGAGUGACUAAAAACAGCCAGAUAUACAUUGAUGACAUCACACUGAGCAGUAGCUGGCAUAGGAAACAGCUGAUGGUACCCCAUCACCAUCAGAAGGUCAUUGCUAAAAAGUAAAGUUCAUUGACUGCUCUACACAUACUCCAUUUAAAAAAAAAUCACUGAACUUGCAACAUUGGUCUGGAGCUAUAACAAAUGAGUCCUUAGAUUCAGUGGGAUUUUUGGAUGUCCUGGUAUGACUAGAAUGAACUAUUCAUGGGGCUGUCUUAAGGGAACAUUCCUUUAUGACUGUGACUUUCCAGAUCAUUCUUUGACUUUUGAACAUCUACCUGGUUUACUUCUAGAGUAGAAAUCUGUGGUGAUUUCAUUUCCACACGUAGCUUUGUAUCUGUGUUUCUGUGAGCCGUCUCGUUGUUUAGUGUCCGUUCCUUCUGUGUUGCUAUUUCUACUCCUCUGCUGGGCAUGUGUUUCGCUUCCCUUUUCCUGGUUGGUUGUUUUGUUGUUUGGUUGAUGGGUUUGCUUUUUCCUUUUGACUAAUAUGGAGUAAAGUGAACUCUGGAAAAAAAUCUCAGGCAGGCAAGUCGCAAAAAGGCCCACCAAAGUGUAUGAUGGCUCAGGUGCAUGGGGAACGGCUCAGGUGCAUGGGGAACGGCUCAGGUGCAUGGGGAACGGCUCAGGUGCAUGGUUUGGGUCUGUUUUGCAGUAGUUUGUUUCUCUAAGUGUAAAUUCAAGUCUUCUCAUUCUUUUUGACAGUCAGAAGUGAAGUUGGUUUUACUCUUUUUAAAAAAUUUUUCUUGCCGGGUGUUGGUGGCACACGCCUUCAAUCCUAGCACUGGGGAGGCAAAGGCAGGUGGAUCUCUGAGUUCGAGGCCAGUCUGGUCUACAGAGGGAGUUCCAGGACAGCCUCCAUAACAAUACAGAGAAACCCUGUCUCGAAAACCAAAAAAAAAAAUCUUUCUUGUAUCUGAUGGUGAAAAUAUUUAUGGAGCAAAAGGUGGCAGCAUCAGCGUUCUGGGUUUUUGAUUGAAGUAAUGCUUUCAAGACCAACCAGAAGCAGUUCCCCCAGAGGCCUGUCUGUGUUCUAAGUUCAUCACCUCUAAGAUCCUUGUCUGAACUGAUUGUAACUUUUCAACUGUUGGAUUUCUUUGCAACUUUUCUCUUCUGCAAUAGGGAAAGAAAAGGCAGUUGAUAAUGUCCAGGGAAAGCUGUUAAUUGUUAGUUGCUAACUCUGUCUCCUGUAACUUCAUCUGUUUUACUGGUGUAGAGUAGGAGGUCGCAUAUACCCAUCUCUCAUACAUAUAUCAUCUCUCACAUGUCAUCUCUCUCUCACAUGUCAUCUCUCACAUGUCAUCUCUCAUAUAUCCCAUCAGCACAGUCCAGUUUUGGAGCAUUUCUGCCACCACAAGAUUCCUUUUUGUCUGUGUCUGCUGUGUAUACUCAUUUAACCAGAGUAUCCCAGUUGCCAGUACAGGAAGGGGAUGAGAAAGGUGACAUUAGAACUUGUUUGGUUUUGUUUUUAAGAGUAGAGAGGGGUGUGUGUGUGUGUGUGUGAAUUUAAACUCAGGAACAUUUAUAUGUUUAAUGUGUUUAUCUCAAGUAUUGUAAUAUAAAAAUGCUGUAAAAGGAAGAUGACACUAGCAUAUAGUUAGGUCUGCUUCUGUAGCUGUGCUAUCACAGAAAAAUAAUGCAAGCCAUAUAUGUAACUUAAAAUAUCCUAGCAGAGGCUGGAGAGGUGUCAGUAGUUAAAGAGUACCCGCUGCUCUUGCAGAAGACCUGAUUCGGUUUCCAGCACCCACAUGGAGGCUCACAACUGUCCAAACUCCAGUUCUGGGGGAUCUGGUGCCAUCCGGCCUCUGCAGGCACGAGGCAUGCACACAGUGCAUAAACAUACAUGCAGAGAAGACACUCAUAUGCAGAAAAAAUUCACAGCUGAAAUUAAUUUUAGCAGUGUUUUCUAAGUCACUGUGUCUAAUAUAUUUCAAUAUGUAACUGAUGUUAAAAAUAAGCUGUUGAGAUACCUUAUGGGUUCUGUUAAUUCUUUGAAGUAGUAUGUUUAUUUACUGCUGUAGACUAGCCAUACUUGAAGCAUUCAUUAGUCACAUGAGGCCUGUAGCUAUUGUAAUGAACAAUUCUACAGUAUGUGUAUCAUUUGUCUUGGCAUAAGAUGAAGUGGGCAAUUCAUGAAUUGCUUUCUUAAACAGAAGUAUUCAUAGCCUAGUACUUCCAGGGCUUCCUGAAUAAGACAUAAGUAGUUUAGAAAUAUAAAUAAAUUAUUUAUUCCCAGUAAAUUAAAAAUUAUUGCCUCAAAAUUAUUUUUGUUAAAAGUAACUUUUGAUAAGAUAUUGAAGGACAUGAAAAAGUAUCACCUACCACAUUACUGUAGUUGUUUCCUGUAGCUUAUAGCUUGUUAAGGAAAUGUGUGUGUUGGAAAUUCUUGCCAUAAUAUUACCUUCAUGUAAGUGAAAUUUUGGUAGAAAAUACCAAUAUUUGUUGAAAAUUCUUCAUUAUUCUUCAAUGAUUAAAGCAAUACUCAACAAAAGAUAAUGGAUUGCAGUGUUCUCAGUUCUUCCCAUAAACCACUGGAGUAUUACAUGUAAACGUUGGGGUCUCUUUCCUGGUCCGUGCUCACAGUGGGCGUGCUUGAAGUUGGGGGUUCCCAGGUGUAAAACUGUUCCCCUUAGCAGAUUGUUUUCCCCUUCAUCUUCCUUUCUUUUCUACGUGAAGAUCGCUUGACUAAUACUGGAUUAAAUGAACAACCUGUGGUAGAAAAUGCACCCAAGGUUCUGGAGAAGAGGAGAAAACACUGUAUGCAGUCUCUGCCCCUCGUUGUCUCUGGAACCGUUAGGUCUAAGAGUUCCCUUUGGUGUCGAUCACAGCUUUCUUACGUUUACAAGAGCAAAGUAGCGUCUUCAGGAUCAGAUGCUAAUUUUUUUAAUUAAAUGGAUGUUGUGACUUUCUGAACCCAACAGAGAAGGUAACAGAACCAGGGAAGCUAAUGGAGAUCUGGAUUUAAUGAAGACUUCUUUAAAACAUCCAUGGUCACUUUUCCAGCCUCUUUCGCCUUCCUCUGUUUCUUUUAUUGUGAAACCGGGGACUAAACUACGCUUCAGCUCCUGCGUGCUCUCACUGGGCUUCUGGAAGUAUGGGUGGUGAGGUCUGAGCCUAGAAGAACAUGAGCUUCACUCUAAAGCACUGGACUGGACUUACAUUCCCCAUCCUUGUGUUCCCAGAGGUUUUAGACAUACUGCAAUGUAUUAAAACUCAUCUUUUAACAGUCCAACAAAUGAUGCAUUAUUUUCCGACCAUUUUUAGGAAGUUUAUCAUCUUGUGAAUCUGUGUGUGCAUGUGUGUUUGUGUGUGUGUGUGUGUGAUUAGAAUAAAGAACUAUGAUAUAAAGUGUAUAUUUUUAAAUUACAGUGGAGUAUAUCUCAAUAAAGAUUUCUUGACUCUU